GAGGGAUCCAUGCCGUCCUGCCCUGCUCGCAACCGCAGUCUGCUCUAUUCCACCUGCACACUCGUUCACCGUUCCUGACAGUUUCCGAACAUGAAGUCGACCCUCUUUUGUCUCUGCGUCGCGGUACUCGUAGCCUCGGCCUUGGGCGGGAAGAACCCCAAUCUGGAGAUCAGGCUCGACAGCGUCUUGAACUCGACCGGCAAAGCGUUGACCAGUGACGAUUUCUCCGAGAUUCAGUUUACUCUCUACACCAACACCCGGAAUACCAGCUACCCGAUCGCCGAAGCCAACGCCCUGCUGGCAGACCCCGCCUUCGACGCCGGCAAGCCCACCGCCCUCUACAUGCACGGCUGGUCCGAGUCCAACGACAGCGAGAGUGUGGGUGCAGUGUCCAGAGCGUUCCUCCGGCGGGGGUCGCACAACUUCGUCCUGCUGGACUGGAGCGAGUACGUGAAGGGCGACUACAUCACCUCGUUCGUGCGCUGCACCGCCGCGGGCGAGGCCGUGGGCGCCGCGGUGAACCGCAUGGUGGACGCCGGCCUCGACCGGGACACCUUCUGGCCCAUCGGCCACUCCCUGGGCGGCCAGCUCUCCGGCGUCAUGGCCAAGAGCCUCGACUUCAAGCCCAGCAGGAUCACGGCGCUCGACCCCGCCGGGCCGGGCUUUAACCUCCCGGGGAUCCCUAGCCUGACGCGCGACGACGCCGUCGUGGUGGACGUGAUCCAUACGGACGCCGGAGUCAGCGGUUCCUCCUCCAACGACGCCACCAUCGACUUCUGGCCGAACGGCGGCACGCGGCCCCAGCCCGGCUGCAACGUCGGCGAGACGAAGCUCGCUGAGGCGCUGCUGUACUGCGGCCACCGCCGGUCCUGGGAGUUCUUCGCCGAGUCCGUCAACGACGAGACCGCCUUCCCCGCCGUCAGCUGCCGCUCCUGGAGCGCCUUCAAGAAGGGCCUGUGCCCCGCCAACGACUCCAACGUCGUGUACAUGGGCUUCCCCGCGCCGGGCGCGUACCUCACGGGCACCUUUUAUCUGCGGACCGGCCCUGAGGAGCCCUUCGGUCUUGGCGUGGACGGGGCCCGGCCUGACAGUGGGGAGAACCUCGACGCCACGACGACCACCGACGCUUCCGUCACCGACGCCCCCACCACCGUGUGGGCCACCACUGAGGCCCCCACCACCGAGUGGCCGUCCACGGAGGUGCCCAUCACUGAAGCCCCCACCACUAGCAACGCCCCCAUCACCAACGCCCCCACCACCAACGCCCCCAUCACCAACGCCCCCAUCACCAACGCCCCCAUCACCAACGCCCCCAUCACCAACGCCCCCAUCACCAACGCCCCCAUCACCAACGCCCCCAUCACCAACGCCCCCAUCACCAACGCCCCCAUCACCAACGCCCCCACCACCAACGCCAACAGCGUCGUUUCACAGUGUGCGGCUGAAGCGGCCAGUAACGGCCUUGCUCGGUGGCUCACUGUCAUCGUCUGCGGCAGCCCGUCCGAAUCUCAAACCUCGGCAUGAAAAGGUCUGCCGCCAGACCAGGCACUUCACUGCAAACGGACUUGGAUGAAGAAGAAAACGUUUUUCCAAUGUGCCAAUAAAUUCAUUUACAUUCAGUUGAA